GUGUCCUACGUGCCCCAGAAGCCCUGGAUCUGGAACGGCACGCUCCGGGAGAACAUCUUGUUCGGCGCACCGCUCGACCGAAACCGCUACGACGCGGUGGUGGCCGCGUGCGGGUUGUCGCGCGACUUGAACGAGCUGCCCGCGGCGGACGAGACGGAGAUCGGCGAGAAGGGCGUCAACCUCAGCGGCGGCCAGCAGCAGCGCGUCGCGCUCGCGCGGGCCGCCUACGCGGACUCCGCCGUCGUCCUGCUCGACGACGUCCUCUCCGCCGUCGACAGCCGCGUCGGCGCGCGGAUAUUGGACGACCUCGUCGACGGCCCGCUCUUCCGCGGGCGCACGGUCGUGCUCUGCACGCACCAGGUCCGCGCGACGGCGCGGCGCGCGGCGCGCGUCUUCGAGAUCGAGAACGGGCGCGUCGCCGAGCGCGACGCGGAUCCCGACGACGAGCGCGCGGAACCGCGCGCGUCCGCCGGCGUCGACGAGCGGCCGGACGCGCGGCGCGGCGAGGACGGCAAGCUGACGAAGGAGGAGCACCGCACCGCCGGCGCCGUCGCGUUGCAGCUCUACUGGACCUACAUGCGGAGCGCCGGCGGCGCCUCGUUCGCCGUGGUCUGGGCGAGCCUGGGCGGCUUCGUCCAGGCGGCGUCGUUCGCGAACCGGCUCUCCUUUGGCCGCUGGGUCGCGACGGCGCAGGGCGACGGCGGCGGGGCCUUCGGUCUCUACGCGGCGACGACGGCCCUCUUCGUCGCGCUGGUCGCGCUCCGCGCGGCGCUGAGCGGAAUCGGCUCGUGGCGCGCGUCGUCGCGGAUCCACGACGCGAUGCUGGCGCGGCUGCUCGGUGCGCCCCUGGCCUUCUUCGAGCGGACGCCGAGCGGGCGGCUCCUCAACCGCUUCUCGUCGGAUCUCGCGUCCGUCGACGACGAGCUCAUGGACGAGCUCUACCUGUUCGUCGACGCGGCGGCGUCGCUCGUCGCCGUCGUCGUCGUCGUCGUCGCGCUGGUCCCGCUCGUCGUCGUCGCCUGGGUGCCCGUCCUGCUGGCGACGUCCCGCGUCGCCGGGCGCUACCUCGCGACGUCGCGCGAGCUGAAGCGGCUCGACAGCACGACGCGGAGCCCCAUCUACGGCGGCUUCUCGGAGGCGCUCGACGGCCUCUCGACGAUCCGCGCGUUUGCGCGCGGGGCGCUCGAGGCGGGCAAGCACGAAAAGCUACUGGACGCGCACUCCGCCGCGGAGCUCGCCUUGUGGACGUCGAACCGGUGGCUCGUGCUCCGCCUCCAGCUGCUGAGCGCGGCGAUCUACGUCGCCGUCGCGGCCUACGCGGUCCUCGCCGCGGAGCGCGCGGCGCCGGCGCCGGGGUCGACGACGGCGCUCGGCCUGGUGCUGCUCUACGCGACGCAGUGGGUCCAGUCGACGAACCAGGUCGUCCGCCAGCACGCGACCGUCGAGAUGCAGAUGAACUACGUCGAGCGCUGCGACGAGUACGCGACGAAGCUGCCGAAUGAAGACCCGGGGGGCGCCGCGCCGCCGGGGGCCGCGCCGUUCCCGGCGGGCGCGCUGGCCUUCGAGGACGUGUGUUUGCGGUACGCGUCGAGCCCGACGGACACGCUCCGGCGCGUGUCCUUCGCCGUCGCGCCCGGGAGCCGCUGCGGCGUCGUCGGGCGCACGGGCGCGGGCAAGUCGACGCUCGUGACCGCGCUGCUGCGGCUCGCGCCCCUCGCGGGCGGCCGCGUCCUCGUCGACGGCGUCGACGUCGCGGCGCUCCCGCUCGCGGUCUUACGGCGCGGCGUCGCCGUCGUGCCGCAGGCGGCGACGCUGUUCUCGGGCACGGUGCGGUCGAACCUCGACCCCUUCGGUUCCGCAGCGGACGGCGCGCUGCGCGAGGCGCUCGCGCGCGCGGGGCUCCGGGACGCGCUGGGCCCGGACCGCGCGAUCCGCGCGGGCGGCGACGACGUGUCCGGCGGCGAGGCGCAGCUGCUCUGUUUGGCGCGCGCUUUACUCAAGGGCGCGAAUCUCCUCGUCUGCGACGAGGCGACGGCGAGCGUCGACCGGCGCGCGGACGAGGCCAUCCAGCGCGUCGUGCGCGGGCUCGAGUGCACCGUGCUCUGCGUCGCGCACCGGCUCCGGACCGUCGCGGGCUUCGACCGCGUGGUCGUGCUGGACCGCGGCGCCGUCGCGGCCUUCGGCCCGCCCGGCGACCUCCUCCGCGACGAGGCCUCGCCCUUCUUCGACCUCUGCCACGCGUCGGGCGAGCUCGACGUCCUGCGCCGGCUCGCGGCCGGCGGUCCUCACGCGGACUAA